AUGCUUAAGAAAUCGAACCUUCUUCGUGGGGGCGGCCUGCCACUACUGAGCUCGACAGCCUCGCCACCUGCCCAUUUCAAUAGGAAAGCCGCUCCAAUUCAUAAACUACACAAACCACACAAAAGCAGAAGCUAUGCAACGACCUCACAGUUCUCUCACCAGAACUACAUCUGGCCCAGCAACCCAAGCUUCAGUCCCUACGACGUCCUGAACAUUCCCCGCGGCGCUCCGUACGAGAAGAGACAAUACUACGACCUUGUUAAGAUCUACCACCCCGAUCGACCCUUCACCAAAGAUCACCCACUAUUUGGAGAAUUGACCGCCGAAGCUCGAAUACAACGCUAUCGAAUCGUGGUGGAUGCACAUGAGAUCCUUUCCGAUCCCACUAGACGAGCUGCCUAUGACCAAACCGGCACCGGAUGGAACCACGCAGUACAGGAUACAGCGGACUGGAACACACACGGGUCAGGUAUAUAUGCCAAUGCUACAUGGGAAGACUGGGAACGGUGGCAUAACCGCCACAACGGUCCGCAGCAGCACGUUGUCGACCAACGCACCUUCACCCGGCUAGUGAUCCUUUUGGUGCUCUUCGGAGGCGCUGUUCAAGCCUCAUGGAUCGGCCAGAUGAAUACUGGGUUUGAGGAUAAAGUGCGUCAGUACAAUGAGGAGUCUGCUCGCUUCCUGCAUGGCCGGAAAGACAACACCAUCAAGCAGAUGGAUUCGAAUGAUGCUCGUGUGCAGGGUUUCCUCAUUCGAAGAGAUCCCACUGGGUCGGGAUUAAAAGAUUCUGAGCAAAAUGUCUAUCAGAAUGAAUUAAAUCCUCUUCGCCGGCCGAAUGAGACCUCCCAGCCUGACAGUCAGAUUAUGUCGGAUCUUGCGCAGCCUGCGGACUCGGUUCAGCCUGAGAUUGCAGAUACCUAA